GGUGUGUUCUCUCUGUUCAAGUUUCCUCCAAAUGGCGAAAACAGCCGAGAGACGGUUGAUAGGGUUGAUCCAGCGGGAGAGGAAAGCAAGCAGAAUCAGUAGAAGGUAGAAAGUCAGAAUUCAGCUCAUCGGUGUUUAAUAAUCUGUGGGAGAAAACAGAGUCGAGUCUUUUCAGCCAAACUACAACUUCUCUGCUCCAAAGACGGAAACGGCUGAGUGGGUCGGGACUUGAAGACCUUUGUACGAGUCUAAACAACAAACAGAUGUAGCUUACACUAAAACACGCCGCUCUAGUUACACCGGAGAAGAUUUAGUGUUCGGGAUGGGGAACAGCAGCAGUGACCGAUCCAGCGGGGAGAGGUCCUUCAGAGAUGGACAUUCAGGAGGAAAAGAGGCUCGACCCAACAUCCUGAUGGACAGCUCUGAGGAUGCAGACCUGUUCCACAGAGAUGAUCCUAAUAAGGCUUCGUCAGACAUGCAGGAAUUCCUGGCAUGGCAGCAUGACCUGGACUGUGACAGUAAGAGCCCAACGCAGGCCAAACCAACGGUGUUCAGGUGGGCUGGAGGUGCCAAGGAAGUCUACGUGUCUGGGUCUUUUAACAACUGGGCCACCAAGAUCCCACUCAACAGAAGUCAGAAUAACUUUGUGGCUAUAGUGGAUCUGCCGGAGGGGGAGCACCACUAUAAAUUUUGCGUAGAUGGUCAGUGGAUGUUGGAUCCGACUGGGGCUGUGACGACCUCUAAAACUGGAACUGUCAACAACAUCAUACAGGUGAAAAGAACUGACUUUGAAGUCUUUGAUGCCCUCAGGAUUGACUCGCAGGAUUCAACAGAUCCGUCUGACCUGUCCAGUUCCCCGCCUGGUCCCUACCAGCAGGACGGAUAUGUGAUCAAACCAGAGGACAAGAUCAAACAACCUCCCAUCUUACCGCCUCACCUGCUCCAAGUGCUGCUCAACAAGGACACGGGUGUCUCUUGUGACCCGACGCUGCUUCCAGAGCCCAACCACGUUAUGCUCAACCACCUGUACGCCCUCUCCAUCAAGGACGGGGUAAUGGUUCUCAGUGCUACACACCGAUACAAAAAGAAGUAUGUGACCACUCUCCUGUACAAACCGAUUUAACCUGCGGAGAGGAAAUCAAGCUUCUAGCUGCUGUUUGUUCUCUUCUGUGGAAACUGGACCAAAAUCCAUUCCUGUUCGUUUGAAAAAAAAUCUCUCAAGCUGAUUUCUUUUAACCGGUUUGUAGAUUUUUCAGCCUUUUUGCUAAACUUUUUUUUUUUAACAAAUCAGUCUGUUCAGACUCACUACGGUGUGAGAUUAGGAUUCAUUCUUCCUUCAUCAGAUCCACGUUUGUCACAAAAACCUGUAAAUCAUCUUUUUAACUCACUUUACAUGCAGAGAACACACUAAUGAAUGCACCAGCACUACCACGCCUAUAUGUUUUAUACCUAGCAAAGUGUUUUAUGUGUCUCUUUCUGAACCUCAACAACAAACAGAAAUGUCCAAAUGAAAGUACGUCCUCACCUAAACAGUUAAGUAUUAAUGCUUAAGGACAUUAAUAAAGGAAUGCAUCAUUUGAAGGAAUGCACAUUGUUUCCUGUGUGCCAGAGUUUUAAAUGAAGAUCAUUUAAUGUGGAAACGUUUUGGAUUUAACAUUUUUAUAGCAAAUUUUUAAAAUAGAGCAAUUUUCUGCAAUAGGCCAAGAUCUGUUACAACUCUGAGUGUGUUGAGAAGGACUCUUAGCAAUACGAAACCAUGUUUGAGCUCAGUAGCUAUAAAAUCAGAUGACUUGUGUUUAUUUUUGUGUUUUCAAAGGUCAGCUGGCCAUUGCAGAUGUAUAUAAAAUUAGACCGUCACCAACAGGUGCAGAUUUACAUCGAGUUACGACUUUCUAAGGGUUUCUAUCUCAUUUACAGCUGGUGAAGCCGCAACAUUCCUCCUGUUUGACCGUAAACAUCUGAAAGUUUUUAUACCUUCUCAGAUGUGCAAUAAAACAAAUGCAUUCAACACCA